UGCGCGUCCUGAGGCCCUGGCCGCCCACGGAGUCAGAAGGGCGCGCGCGACUCAGGGCGGCGCAGUAGGAGGUGCACCAUGCCGGGUAUGGUGCUGUUCGGCCGGCGCUGGUCCCUGGCCAGCGACGACCUGGUGUUCCCCGGGACUUUCGAGCUGUUCCUGCGUGUGCUGUCAUGGAUCGCCAGUCUGACGUUGUAUCUCGUGCAUAGGAGGAAGCUGGACUGUCCUGGUGGAGCCUUGCUCAGCACCUACUUGAUUGUUCUGCUUGUUCUCCUGGCAGUUAUCAUAUGCACCGUGUUGGCCAUGGUGUGUGUCAGCAUGAGAGGAACCAUUUGUAACCCUGGACCUCGGAAGUCUAUGGCUAAGCUGCUUUAUGUCCGCCUGGCGCUCUUCCUGCCAGAGAUGGUCUGGGCUUCUCUGGCGGCCUUCUGGGUGGCAAAAGGUAUCCAAUGUGACAAGACAGUUGUGAUUGGCAUCAUCACCACCGUCAUUGUCAGUUGGAUUGUUAUGGCUGCCACCAUGGUCACCAUCUUUUUUGUCUUUGAUCCGCUGGGCGGCAUGACGUCUCCACAUCCUCCAGGCUGCCCCGAGCACCUGGACAGUAACAACUCAAACCAGCUGUUGACUGGCCUGAAGACAGCGGCCAAAAGCGUGUGGGAGACCAGAGUGAUGUUCUGUUGCUGCUGCGUGGUGCAGGACGACAAUGCGAGGGUCGCUUUUUCCAGCACGGCCGACCUUUUCUCCACUUACUUCUCUGACACAGACCUGGUGCCCAGUGAUAUUGCAGCAGGCUUCACCCUUCUCCACCAGCAACAGGACAAUAUCAGCAGCAGCCUGGAGCCUCAGGAGGUCGUCACCCACUUUCCAGGGCAGUCUCAGGAAGCCGACUUGGAUGCCGAAGUGGAGAACUGCCAUCACUUCAUGCCGUUUGCAGCCGCCGCCUACGGAUGGCCCCUCUACAUCUACAGAAACCCGUUCACCGGGCUCUGCAGGAUUGGUGGUGACUGCUGCAGAAGCAGAGAGACGGAGUAUGACGCAGUUGACGGGGACCAGCACAACUGCCACUUUGCCUCCAUCCUGAAGACGACCGGGCUGCAGUACCGGGACUUCAUUCACAUCAGCUUUCACGACAAGGUCUAUGAGCUGCCCUUCAUAGUGGUUCUGGAUCACAGAAAAGAGGCCGUGGUGGUUGCUGUGAGAGGAACCAUGUCUCUCCAGGAUGUCCUGACUGACCUGUCUGCAGAGAGUGAGAACAUCGAGCUGGAGGCAGAGCUGCAGGACUGUGUGGCCCACAAGGGAAUUGCUCAAGCAGCCAGGUACAUUUACCGCAGACUGGUCAACGAUGGGAUUCUGAGCCAAGCCUUCAGUGUCGCUCCGGAGUACCGGCUCGUUCUGGUGGGGCACAGCCUAGGAGCCGGAGCUGCGGCCCUGUUAGCCAUCAUGCUCCGGAAGGCCUACCCACAAGUCCGUGCAUAUGCCUUCUCGCCACCCAGGGGGCUCCUGAGCAAAUCCCUUUACGAACACUCCAAAGACUUCAUCGUGUCACUUAUCCUAGGAAUGGAUGUCAUUCCCAGGUUAAGCGUGACCAACAUGGAGGACCUGAAGAGAAGGAUCCUGCGAGUGAUUGCUAACUGCAACAAGCCGAAGGUAAGCACUUAGCCAGGGUUAGGCGAGGGUCCGCGUGGAGGCAGGCAGAGCGGCUCAGCAGUCUCUAGACCCAGCACACUGAUGCUCGCGUCUCCUCCAUGUCUGGGAUUCUGUGUGCAGGAGUCACAGAGCGGCACUUAGGAAAGAAACCCUUGCCCAUCUCCUCUGUGCUCUCAGUCACAUGGUCCCAGGCUUCCAGUAAGGCCGACACAUACGGACUCUUAAGAGGUUCUAGGAGGCCGGCAAGAUGGCUCUGUGGGGAAAGGCGUUUGCUGCCAGACUGACCUGCAUUCAGUCCUCAUGGUGGAGGGGGAGGACCUCCCUGAAGUCCUCAUCUCCAUACGCAUACAAUUAGCUAAAUAAAUGUAAUGGGAAUAUUUUAAUGGCAGAAACUUGAGAGAGUGUAGCUCAGUGGUAGAGCACUUCCCUAGCCUUCAGGAGGUUCUAGGUUCAAACCUACACACACAGGAAGAGAAAGUGUAUUCGCCGAUAGGAGCUGACAGACAUGAGGUGGUGUAAUGGUGUUGGCCUCUAACCCAGCUGCCGGGAGACUGAGGUAGGACUGCCAAAAAUCUGAGGCCAAGAGGAAAAGGAAGCCAGGGAGGGGGCAGGGGCUAGAGCCCAGCGGUAGAAGAGCUGCCCAGCAUGUUCGAGGCCCUAGUCGUUGCCUGCUAUUGGGGUAAGUUUGAAAAAGGGAGGGCCAGCGAGACAGCGGGCUUGCCAUGUGGCACUAAGCCCAGUUGGAGUCCAGUCCCUGGAACCCAGGGGGUAGACAGCCAGCUCCUUUUGUCCUGUGACCCCCCAAACACACGCACGCGCGCACACACACACACACACACACACACACACACACACACACACACACGGCAUGUUAUCACAGGAACACACAAAAGAAGUAGGAUUAAAAACAGUAUUCUUAAAGAACAGGUAUGUAUUAACGGGAAAUCUUGACAAUAUUCAAAAAAGUGUAUGCUGAAGUGUGGUU